AUGCCUGACAUGCGAAUCCCCACCAUCACCAACGACCCCUCCAAGGUGCAGCUGUCCCGGAUCGCUCACGUCUACUUUGAACACCCAGACCUAGAGACGUUCGACAACUUUGCAAUCGACUUUGGUUUUGUCAAAGAAGCUCAGAUUGGAGAUACCAUUUACUACCGCGGUUAUGGCAUAGACCCGUUCAUUUAUGUCGCGACCAAGAGUAAGGAUGGGAAGCAGAGAUUCCUCGGGCCAGCUUUUGUGGCUGCUUCUGAGGAGGAAUUUGACAAGGCAGCUGCUCUUGAGGGCGCUGAGCGAGUCUCUCUUGAUCAUGCGCCGGGUGGGGGCAAGAUGAUCAAGUUCAGUCGACAGGAUAACACUUUCUUCCAUGUUGUGUAUGGCCAGGAAGAGAGAAAGAUUGGCUCGGAGGAACCGACUGCAACACAUGAGCAGCAAGGACCGUACAACAAGCCAUUCACAAAGCCUAGACGAGGAAAAUAUCAACGCUAUCACCCUGGGCCAGCUCUGGUCCACAAGCUUGGCCAUUUCGGCUACGUCGUUCCGGACUUUGACAAUGAGCUCGCAUGGUACACUGGCAACUUCAACUUCGUCCCUUCAGACAUCCUGUACCAUUGGGACUUCUCCAAUAUAGAUGUGCUCACAUUCAUGCACCUGGACCUUGGCGAUGAGUAUUCUGAUCAUCACAGUUUCUUCAUGCAGCGAGCUGAGCCCCACGUCAAGAGGAUAUUCUGCCAUCAUACUUCAUUCGAAGUGGCAGACUUUGAUACUCAGCUUCUUGGACACGAGUAUCUGGCUAGCAAAGGCUGGAAGAGUGUCUGGGGCGUUGGGCGACAUGUUCUGGGCAGUCAGAUCUUUGAUUACUGGGCUGAUCCUAGUGGCUUCAAGAUUGAACACUAUGCUGAUGGGGAUGUCGUCAAUCGAGCCACAGGGACCAGCAGAGACGUCGUUGGACCAUUCUCGGUUUGGGGUCCCGAAGUUCCCAAAGAUUUUGGAGAGAGGGGCGCAUGA